UAUAGAUCGUGCGGUACAAGCGUUGUUAGUUCCUUGUCUGUACACGUUCUCAAGGUCUUUUUGUUAUUGAACAUCUUGUCUUCAGUAGAUCCAGCUAUAUCAAAGUACGAAGUACGACCAGCAUCGAACCCGAAACAUUGAAAGUACAUACUACUACAACCACAAAAUCACAACAUUUACAACAUCACGAUGAAGAUAAAGCAGCUCGAAGAGGAACCUGAUGUCGGUGAGGGUGAGGAGCCUUCUUUGACACACCGCGAUGAUGAUGCCAGCAGUGAUGUAUGGGAGGACAUCAAAGACCCUCUUUCAUCCUCUGAGCGAGGUCCACCCAGUGCCGCAAGUUCUUUACGCUCUAAUCCCAGUCGUAGAAGGAGGCCCUUCGUUGCAGAUACAUCUCGGCGAGCACGUCCCAUUCAACCCACUAGAAACAAAAAGGUCAAAGAGCCUAUUGUUGAACAAGAACAGCUGAAUGAAGCGCUGGCAGCUGGAGCCAAAUGUACUAUGUAUUACGUGCGUGAUGUUAUAGGAACUGCCAUUAGGCUUUUGCGAAGACCCCUAUCUUGGAUACUGUUCCUCUAUUUACUCGGUUUGCUCUUCUCUCGUCUCUCGAACACUCUGCGAAACGCGUUUUCACCUCUGUGCAUACUACCUGGGAUGUCCUCGACUGCUCUCUGUAGGCCGAUGGACUACCCUGAUGGACAUUCAAAUGCACGGUGGGCGGACUUCCCUCAAAUGAUGAACGUGCAGAGCUCGACUUUUGAGCAACUGUUGGAUGAGUCUGCCGGUGGAUCUGCUUUAUCCCUAGAAGUGAAAAAGGCUGAAUUGGCGACUGUGGAUCUGGCUACCGCAGUUCGCUACAGUGACUUGAAAUGCCACGACAUACUAGCAGAUUCGUUAUCGGCAUUCGUACAGAAUGCAAAGAGGACAGCUCGUGGUCUCACAAGACUGAACUCUAAAGUUGGUGGUGCCGUAGAUGACAUAAUGGCUAUCAAUGGCUAUGCGUUACGCACGAUCCAAGAUACACAAGCUAAUGCUCCAUCACCAUACUCUCUCAGAGCACUUAUUCCUAUUCGCUUUGGUCCAGGGACACAGGAGGUUAUCUUAGAAGUAUUUACCGAUGCGAUGGAGACUCUCUCUCGCACUAUCGCCCGCCUUAUCGUUGAAGCCGAAGUCUCCUUGAUCCAUCUCAACGAGCUUCAAGAGAGCCUGCACACGAUACAUGAGAUUGUCUCACGGGAAGAUGCUUCAAUAACCGCCGCGCAGUCCGAUCUUCUCGCUGAGCUAUGGACGAGGCUUGGGGGGAAUAGGCGGGCAUUGCGGGGGAUGGACGAUCGUCUGUCGCUACUGAAGGACUUAGGAAGCUACCGCCAGAAAGCGCUGGCACAUGUUGUGGCUGCGCUGCAGACUCUUCAUUCGAUGAGUGAGGACAUGGAGGAUUUACGAGAGAGGGUGGCCGCUCCGGAGAUCGUUGGGGGCCGAAUUCCGCUUGACGUACAUAUCGGAAGCAUCCAGAGUGGGUUGGAGCGCUUGAGGGAAGGGAGAAUCAAAGCAAAGGAAAGAGAAGAGAAAACCGUGAGGAGAGUACUUGGUAUCGGUUCCGAUUGAGUUUUGAGAAACAAGAAGUAUUUAUAGG